UAGUAAGCGAGCACCACUCUCAUUGAUUUCUGAAGAAGUCCCCCAUAUAUUCUUGGUGCUUUGUGUAGCUUGUAAGCCAGGUAGAUAGCGAGUUGAAUGUGGGCAAGGUUGUAGGUAAUCAGUUUAGAUUUCAAACUAGGGCUCAGUUUAGGUUUGUUUCUAAGGCAAAGCAAGCACCAUGUACACUCCUCAAGUUUCAUCAGUGUCCUGGGACUCAUUUUCUGCCAGAGCAUCCCCAAGAGCAUCUGGGAAAAAGUCCAAGUCUGCCAUCAAAACUCCAGGAUUACUUCGCUCAUCGUUCACUGCCAGCCCUGGCCUUCAUGCAUCCAGGAUAGUGGAAGAAACUCCAGAAUAUAUUUUAGAGUCAUUGGGACCACCUCUUCCAGUCUUGGUUACUGAAGUUCUUGCUUCAUCUGAUAGAGGGGGCGAGGUGAGCGCCCAGGUGUCGGAGCGCGGCUGGUGCUGGCUAGUAUGCGGCCGCCGGCUGCUGGUGUGGCGGCUCAGCGGCGCCGACGGGCCGCGGCGCGUGGCGUUCUGCCGCGAGCUCACGCUGCCGCCCAGCGACCUGGCGCACAGGGCCGAGCUGGUCCAGGUGCUGGGCGGCUCGGAGACCCACGUGCCGUGCUGCCUGGCCGUCUCGCCUGAGGGCACGCUCCGAUUCUGGCCCAGCGUCAUCUACGAGAGCUCCAGCAUUGAGAGCAGUGCCGACCUACAGGGCCAGGAGUGCGAGCGGCUGGUGUCGCUGGGCGAGGGCGUUGUCAUGCUAUGGAUCGUGCUUGUAAUUUCCUGA